AGGAGGGCUAAGGCAAACGCGAAAAAGAAAAUGGACUACUUCAAAACGUAUAUUGCCUCAAUGGCGCGGCCCAUGCUGUCACAGACACGAGUCCUCUAUGUAUCUCUAUGGUUCCAGCCUUUACCUCAGUGGGUGCAUCCAUCGAGCUAUAUUGGAUUUAGCUAGCUAACGGUAGUAGAUGUAUUCAUCUACGUUUAGGUCAAACGUGACUGUAUUGGUGCGUGUAACAUUACCUAUCCGUUAACUUCGGAAAGAAGCAGAGUCCCUCAUUCCAGCUAGCUAGCCAGCCAGAAAAGCUAACGUAACGUUUAUUUUCUAAGCCGAUAAACUAAUGACCUUCUGGCAUCUCGCAAAAAUUCUGAUAGUUAAGUAGCGUUGUUUUGUUUGUAGAACGCAAAGAAUACCAGGUGUUCCUGUCCGCCUGGCUAGCUAGCACAAUACCGCCCACAGAUACGGGUUCUACGGGAAAUGGUCGACGUUCUCAUGUGUCCAUGGAGAAGGCGGCCUUUGAGGGGUGGCUGGAGUCGGUCUCCGCCUCUUUCCUCACACUGAGCGACCAGCAGCGCAACCAGACCCUGGACCAACUCAUCUCGCUGAGCGGUGCAGUCCAGCUGCGGCACCUGUCCAACGGACUGGAGGCGCUGCUCAAGCGGGACUUCCUGCGACUGCUGCCCCUGGAGCUCACCUUCUAUUUGCUGCACUGGCUCGACCCGCAGACCCUGCUCACCUGCUGCCUGGUGUGCAAGGGGUGGAAUAAGGUGAUAAGUGCGUGCACGGAGGUGUGGCAGGGUGUGUGCCGGGACCUGGGCUGGCGCAUCGAUGACUCCAUCCAGGACGCGUCCCACUGGAAGGGUAUCUACCUCAAGGCCAAGCUGCGCAUGAUGCAGUUGAAGGACCAGGAGGCCUUUGAGACCUCGUCGCUCAUCGGGCACAGUGCGCGCGUCUACGCCCUCUACUACAAGGACGGCCUUCUCUGCACAGGCUCUGAUGACCUUUCUGCCAAACUGUGGGACGUCCGCACCGGGCAGUGCAUCUACGGCAUUCAGACGCACACCUGCGCCACAGUGAAGUUUGAUGAGCAGAAGCUGGUGACUGGGUCCUUUGACAACACUAUCGCCUGCUGGGAGUGGAGCACAGGUGCCAAGAUCCAGCAGUUCCGUGGGCACACGGGUGCAGUGUUCAGCGUGGACUACGAGGAUGAUCUGGACACGCUGGUGAGCGGCUCGGCCGACUUCUCUGUGAAAGUGUGGUCCCUGUCGGCAGGCGCCUGCCUCAACACCCUCACGGGACAUACUGAGUGGGUCACCAAGGUGAUUCUUCAGAAGAGUGAAGUAGAAUCCAUGGUGCACUGUCCUGGCGACUACAUUCUGUUGAGUGCUGACAAAUAUGAAAUAAAGGUUUGGCCUAUAGGCAGGGAAAUCAACUGUAAGUGCUUGAAGACCUUGUCUGUGUCAGAGGACCGUAGUGUGUGUCUGCAGCCUCGCCUGCAGUUUGACGGCCGCUAUGUCGUUUGUAGCUCGGACCUGGGGAUCUACCAGUGGGACUUUGCCAGCUUCGAUAUCCUCAGGGUCAUCAAAACGCAGGACCCCGCCAACCUUUCCCUGCUCAGCUUCGGCGAGGUGUUCUCGCUCCUCUUCGACACCGACUUCUUGUAUGUCAUGGACCUGAGGACAGAAAGGAUAACGGGUCGUUGGCCUCUGCCUGCCUACAGGAAGUCCAAACGAGGUUCCAGCUUCCUGCCGGGAGUCACCUCCUGGCUCAAUGGGCUGGAUGGGCGAAAUGACUCUGGCCUCGUGUUCGCCACGAGCAUGCCUGACCAUAGCAUUCACUUGGUUCUGUGGAAAGAAAACCGAUAAAGAAAGCUAUCGGCGAAACCUACGAGAGCUAGAUUGUCAAUUGCCAUGUAAACAGGGUGCUCCGACUUUCGAAACCCAACAUCAAGUUAGAUAAUGCAUGGGCCAAAGUUGUUUUCCUUUUUUUUUCUCGACACAUGCUCUCAUACACGCAUCAUGUGACAUGCUGUCACCAACCAUAAGACACACCGAAACGCUGCUAUGAAUACAAGGGGAAGAAAGGCCCAGUUCAGAGGGCCAAGGAAGCAGUUUGUGUUAGUUCCAACCCUGCCAUGGGUCUUCUCACUUUGAAGGAAAUACAAGGACUGAAUGGCUGAAUGAAGAACGAACUCUCGAAAAACUGCAUGGUCUACAACCAUUAGACUGUGACAAUUUUACAAAAACAUUGCAAAACAAGUCAGGCUCUACAGCUGUAGACAUUUCCCCUGUAUUACCAUGUAUCAGAACCUUUCAACUUCGGACAAGGUUCUUCAAGCAGUUACGAGGCGGGAAGUUGCCUUAACACAAUACUUCGUUACAAGAAAGUACAUCUAUGACUUUGGCAUAGUGUGUCCUACGUUUUUCCUAGACUGUCAACUACCAUCCCCAUGAGAGUUUUAUGUUGAAAUGUUCAAAGUGGUUUGGUGCAUCGGAUUUGUACCAUAUUCAAUGUAAAUCCAUUGUUUGAUAAUGCUUUUCUUAAAAGUCAACUUGACAUUAA